GCAUGAAGACAGGGAGGCUGGAAUGUGACGUAAAGUAAGCCACUGCCCAGCUCACGGCUCAAACCCAUGCUCAAACCGAGCAAGCAAUCAUCUGUCUACUGUUUAUGACACAACGUUUUUCUCUGAAAGGCAUGUGUGGAAGGACUGCGUGCACCUUGGCGCCAGAUGAGGUCAGCCGAGCUUCUGGGUACCGAGAUCGGUCAGGAAAGCGAAGACGACCUCAAUGGCGAGAUGGAGAUAUGGACAAGUAUCGACCCUCUUACAACAAGAGCCCUCAAUCCAAUAGCCCAGUGUUAUUAUCUCAUAGACAUUUUAAGAAGGAUGCUCCUGUAGAUGAGUUUGUCCUGGCUGCUAUGCGUUGGGGCCUGGUUCCUGCCUGGUUCAAGGAGAAUGACCCAAGCAAAAUGCAAUACAGCACCAACAACUGUCGGAGGGAGAGCUUGCUGGAAAAGAAGACCUACAAGGAUCCCCUUUUGAAAGGUCAGCGUUGUGUCAUCCUGGCUGAUGGCUUUUAUGAGUGGAGGAGGAAGGACAAGGACAAGCAGCCAUUUUUCAUCUACUUUCCCCAAAACAAGCAAACACUGCCUGGGUCUGCUGGCGCACAGUGUGAUGAUGUCAAACAAGAAUGUCCGUCCGACACUCAGACGCCAGAACAAGAAGAGAACCAGGAUGAGGAGUGCAGGUGGACUGGCUGGCGGCUGCUCACCAUUGCAGGCCUGUUUGACUGCUGGACACCCCCCUCUGGUGGAGAGCCUCUGUACACCUACACAGUAAUCACAGUAGAUGCUUCCUCUGAUCUUCAAAGUAUCCAUGACCGAAUGCCUGCGGUGCUUGAUGGUGAGGAGGAAGUGAGGAGAUGGCUUAACUUUGGAGAGGUGCGAUCACUUGAGGCCCUGGAACUGCUGAGCCCCAGAGAUGUCUUGACCUUUCACCCGGUCUCAUCCUUUGUCAACAACUCGCGCAACAAUUCACCAGAGUGCCUACAGCCUGUGGAUCCUAACAUUAAAAAGAAGCCUUUGGAGACUGCCAGCAGUAAGAUGAUGAUGAGCUGGUUAAAGAGCUCCACACCCACCAAGAGGAAGGAACCUGAAGAUUCCGCAAGUACAGAGGCCGGAGAAAAAUCCACAGAGCCAAAGCAACUCAAGAAAGCAGGCCCAUUGCAGCAAUGGCUUCAGGGCAGUGGAUCAAGCAAGAAGUGAAGGACUUGAAUGGGUGGUGUAGCAAAUAACUGUUGGUAGGAUUUUAGACUUAAAAUGCAAGACCAAUAAUCCAGGCAGUGUUUUCUAUAAUCACUAGCAGUGAGUUGGAAAAUCCCACAUGCGUCCUUUUGCUAAUUCAUUGGAGAAUUCCACUUUUUGGAGUAUUAAAAGUCUUCAGGUUUGGUUGUGUUUACUGAUCACAAACCAGCAAAAAGUGUCUCGUAAGUCAUGCAAUAUCCGUUUCCUGUAUGGGCAAGUCUACACACAGAAUGGUCUGUCCCAUUCUGCAAAACAACAACAUAUUUAUUUAACAACAUUUUUUUUAUUUUCAUUAUUACUUUGAAAUACAUAUAUUUCCCAAACAAUGUGUAUGCUGUGCAUGUAUGGUUUAAUUAAUUUCAAUGAUGAAUGCUUGAACAUUUUCCCCAUCUUUUAUCGAGUUCUGUGUUUGUCUAUGUAAUGCAAGUCAAAAUUUUCAAUAAUAAUAAUAACAACAAUAAUAAUAAUAAUAAUAAUGUAUGAACAGACAGUAAAAGAUCCGAGUGAUAUCAAGCACUUAAAUUCUUUGCCAACCUGAGCUACCGGCAGACACAAAGUGAGAUAUGGUAAGACCGAGGCCUUUGGCCUUUGCCACAGAUCGACAAACAAACAGAUUUGCAGUUAUACAAACUCUUACGACAUGAAAGUAGACAAUAAAAAAGUAGACAAUAUAGAAGUACUAAUUGUCAUAGUAGUACUAGUACUAGUAGUAGUAGUAGUAGUAGUAGUGAGUCGUAUUCAUACACAAAGAAAAAAACAUUUUGCUUUCCUCCCUGACAUGUGAUUGGCUAUUUGAUUGGGGUGUUUGAUUAGUUCCUUCUUACUCAGGGUUCAUCUACAGGUACAGCUUCGUAUGGCAUUGGAUGACAGACCAGGGCACCUUUUAAAAAGCCUUUUCACAAGCCAUGUUCAAAUGACCAAACACGUGUCUUUAAUGUUUGAAAUCAUAUGACAAAAAAAAAAAAAAAACACCACCCAAUUAGUCAGGGAAUUUGUGACUGGUCAGCUACGUGUGGUAGACCUGUUCAUUCACUGAUGAGUCAUGAGAAUGAAACCAAUGAAAAAAGCUUUAAAAAGGUAGGGCGCUUUUACAUAGGGAUAAAGCAGGUCAGUACUUG